GUAUCCGUUAAAUCGUUUUAUCAAGAAUAAUAAAAAAAUUCGAAAGUUUCUGUGUUCUCUAUCAGUGUUAGCCUUUGGAGCCAUGGCUUCGUUAUCAUCAACGAUAACUCAACCGUCGUUAGUACACAUUCCCGGCGAAUCCGUACUCCGUCACGUACCGAGCACGUGCUCUUUCCCGUUGAAGCCAACAUCCACCACGAAGCGGAUCAUCUGUUCGCCGGCGAGAAACUCCGGUGAGGUGUCGGCGGAGGCAGAAACAGACGGUGGAACUAGCACCGCCGUGGAUGAAGCACCGAAAGUAUCACCAUCUUUAAUCUCAGCUCUCAACGUCGAACGCGCUCUCCGUGGCCUUCCGAUUACAGAUGUAGAUCACUAUGGACGGCUUGGAGUUUCGAGAAAGUGUUCUUAUGAUCAGGUUCGAAUCGGUUACCAAGAUAGAGUUAAGGAGUUAAAGGAACAAGGCCUAGACGAAGAACAACUUAAGACCAAGUUGGAUCUUGUCAAAGAGUCAUAUACGAUCUUGUCGACCGUGGAAGAGAGAAGAAUGUACGAUUGGAGUCUGGCCAGAAGCGAAAAAGCAGAGCGGUAUGUGUGGCCAUUUGAGGUUGACAUCAUGGAACCGUCCAGGGAAGAACCACCUCCUCAGGAACCGGAAGACGUAGGACCAACGAGGGUUUUGGGAUACUUCAUUGGGGCAUGGCUUGUCCUUGGUAUCGCUCUUUCUGUUGCAUUCAAUCGUUAGCCAAAUUUCGUUUUUCUUUACAUUGUUCUUUCAUAUCCAUUUCCAGCUCACUUCAAAUUCCAUGUAUAUUUUAUACCCGAAUAAAAGAUUUGCGUGUAAAAAAUCUUAUGAUGUUUCAAGCUAUAACAAUGUAAUGUACGUGGGAAUUUAUGUAUCCCAAUUUCCUA